ACGUCCUCCUCUAUCCACCCAGUGUGCAGCACGCCACCUUCCACACCAGGUCUUCCAGUAUCUUCCGCAAGGAAACAGCCCAGCCGCACACACAGACAGGGACUGACUGCCCUAUGUGCAACUGGUCACAAAAAAAAACAUGGCCGCACGUCAAGCAGCGCUGUCCAAGGUCCAUCUCUUCCUCCUCUGGCUCCUCCUCCUGGGCGUGGGUUGUCGCGGCGGCAGGGUGCUGGUGGUCCCGGAGGACGGCAGUCACUGGGUCAACAUGGAGGUGAUCCUACGAGAGCUCCACUCCAGGGGUCACAACCUCACCGUGGUGCGUUCCGCCGAGAGCUGGUACAUCCCCCAGAACUCCCCUCUCUACAGUUCCGUCACGAUCGCCCCUCAGGACGCAGACGAGAGUGUGGGCGGGGGCGGCGGGCACAUCGGGCCCGAUUUCUACGCCGUCUUGAUGCGGCGCUCGCUGGACCUGCGCCGGAUGACCCCAGUUCGGCGCUUCCUAGAGCAGCAGAGGGACGUGGCGGCCAUGUUGGUCAUGUUCCAUGGCAUGGCCCUGAAGAUGAUCUCCGCCAUCUUGGAGGACUACCUCCUGACCUCCAGACUCAGGGCGUCAGGGUUCGACCUGGUGCUGACCGACCCCGCUUUCCCUUCGGGUGUCCUGCUGGCCCACUACCUGGGCUUGCCCAUGGUCUACAACGUCCGCUGGCUCAACGCCGGAGAGGCCCACAUGGCCGUGGCCCCCACCCCCCCGUCCUACGUCCCCAUGUACAACUCCCUGUUCUCCGACAGGAUGGACUUCCUGCAGAGGACGGAGAACGCGCUCCGCCACGUGGCCGGCCUGCUCCAAGAGCGCCUGGUCAUCCUUCCCCUGUACGCCCGCCUGCUCCGACAUCACUUCCCCCCCGGGGCCGACCUGCUUUCCAUGCAGCGCUCGGCCGACGUCUGGCUGAUGAGGGUAGACUUUGUCUUGGAGUUCCCGCGGCCCACCAUGCCUAACGUGGUGUACGUGGGGGGGUUUCAGUGUGGCCCACCGCAGCCUCUCUCCGCGGAGCUGGAGGGCUUCGUGCAGGGCUCCGGCGAGGCCGGUGUGGUGGUCAUGUCUCUGGGCACACUCGUGUCGGCCCUGCCCAUGGAGAUAACGGAGGCCAUCGCCACAGCCUUCGCCCAGCUUCCCCAGAGGGUGGUGUGGAGGUACCUGGGCCAGAGGCCCACCUCUCUGGGCAACAACACACUGCUCCUGGACUGGCUCCCCCAGAACGACCUCCUCGGACACCCCAAAACCCAGGUCUUCGUGGCCCAUGGAGGCACCAACGGCCUGUAUGAGGCCAUCUACCACGGGGUGCCAAUCCUGGGUCUGCCUCUCCUCUUUGACCAGUUUGACAACCUGCUGCGCCUGCAGGUGCGAGGGGCGGCGAGGGUGCUGGAGGUCGCCAGCCUGACCUCCGAGGACUUCCUGAUGGCCCUCGGAGACGUGCUGGAGAACCCCUCCUACCGUCGCAGCAUGCAGAGGCUCUCCCGCCUGCACCGCGACGCGCCCGUGUCCCCGCUCGCCAGCGCCACCUUCUGGAUCGAGUACGUGAUGAGGAACAAGGGAGCGGCCCACCUCCGCUCACAGGCCUCCAGCCUGGCCUGGUUCUCUUACCACAGCCUGGAUGUGGCAGUGUUGUUCCUGGCCCUCAGCGGGGCCUCCCUCUGGGGAGCCCUCUCAGUCUGCAGACUGCUCUGCUGCUACAAAUGCUCCAGGAACAACAAGACCAAGGUGGAUUGACAUAAAUUUAGAUGAAAUAUUUUGAUCUAGCGAUAGGAUGUAUGUUUGUUUUAGUUUAGGUCAUGUGUACACUUGAAUUCCUGUCUACAUAUAACAUAAAUAGUUCGAGUGAAAUAUAAUAGUUGGAUUUUAUUUUUUAUUCAUUUUAUAAUGAGUAUAAAAUGUAACAAACAGUAUCUAAAAUACUCAAUUCAAUGUUAACAUUUGGUUUCCAUUAAAACAUUAUCCUUCCAAAAACAAAACAUUUAUAGUU